UUGCCCCUGCUGUUGCAGGCAUCUCAUCUCACGAUUCCUCUAUAUGCUGUAAAUAUUCUAUUUUCCACCCUGAAAGCUUAUUUGAACACUCACUACUUGAUCCUCACCUUCCAAUACUGGGACUGGGGCAGAAGAUCCCAUACCCAAGAUGAGUAUCAAAAAGGAAGACGUGGAAAAGUUCCUGGAUGGAAAUCCAGAUUUUGCCAGGAGUUACUUUGAUAAAAAGCUCAAGCCUGGUGCCGUGGCCUCGAUCCUGGGAAUACCCGAGUCCAAAGUGGAUCUGGAUACCUUUAAGGACAUAAGCUCAAUAGAGGAAGGAAAAUUAUUCUAUGAUCUAAUUACAGACAUGCAGGAGAACGUCAAUAUGGAGAAAGUGAUUUUUAAGAUUCUGCAGAGGAUCAGUGCUCUGAUACAUGCCGACAGAUGUAGCCUCUUCAUGUAUCGACAGCGGAACGGUAUUGCCGAGCUGGCUACACGACUCUUCAAUGUUAACAAAGAUUCGGCGCUUGAUGAUUGUGUAGUGCCUCCAGAUUCUGAGAUUGUCUUCCCUCUUGAUAUCGGCGUAGUAGGAUAUGUUGCUCAAACCAAGAAGCCCAUCAAUGUUAAGGAUGCCAAACAGGAUAGUCACUUCAGCACAUUUGUUGAUGACCUUACUGAAUACACCACACGCAACAUUUUGGCCACACCCAUCAUGAAUGGCAAGGAUAUAGUAGCUGUCAUCAUGGCUGUCAACAAGACCACUGGACCCCAUUUCACAGAUGAAGAUGAGGAUCUUUUUUUAAAGUAUCUGAAAGUUGGCUCUCUGAACCUGAAGAUUUUUCAUCUGAGCUACCUUCAUAACUGCGAAACACGUAAAGGACAGCUGCUGUUGUGGUCAGCUAACAAGGUGUUUGAAGAGCUCACAGACAUUGAACGACAGUUUCACAAAGCUUUGUACACAGUGCGAGCCUACCUCAACUGUGACAGGUACUCUGUGGGCCUGCUGGACAUGACAAAGGAAAAGGAGUUCUUUGAUGUUUGGCCUGUGUUGAUGGGAGAACAGCCACCAUAUUCUGGCCCUGUAACUCCAGAUGGAAGGGAAAUAAUUUUCUACAAAGUUAUUGAUUAUAUAUUGCAUGGAAAAGAGGACAUUAAGGUCAUACCAAAUCCUCUUGCAGACCACUGGGCUUUGGCUAGUGGAUUACCCACAUAUGUAGCAGAGAGCGGACUUAUUUGCAACAUCAUGAAUGCAGCAUCAGAGGAAAUGUUCAACUUUCAGAAGGAGGCCCUGGAUGACAGUGGAUGGACUAUCAAGAAUGUGCUGUCUCUGCCAAUUGUCAAUAAAAAAGAAGAAAUUGUCGGCGUUGCAACUUUCUACAACAGGAAGGAUGGCAAACCAUUCGAUGACCAUGAUGAACAACUCAUGGAGGCUUUGACACAGUUUCUGGGCUGGUCGGCCCUAAACACAGACACCUACGACAAAAUGAAUAAGCUGGAGAACAGGAAAGACAUUGCCCAGGACAUGGUGCUUUACCAUGUCAAAUGUCGAGAUGAUGAGAUUCAAAAUAUUCUUAAAACAAGAGAGUAUUUUGACAGAGAGCCAAGGGACUGUGAAGAGGAUGAGUUUUUGGAAAUUCUGAAAAAAGAGCUGCCUGGUCCAAAGAAAUUUGAGAUCUAUGCCUUCCAUUUCUCAGACUUUGACUGCACUGAAUUGGAACUUGUAAUGUGUGGAAUCCAAAUGUACUAUGAAGUUGGAGUGGUUAGAAAGUUCCAGAUCCCUCAGGAGGUUUUGGUGAGAUUCAUGUACUCAGUCAGUAAAGGCUACAGGAAAAUCACCUAUCACAACUGGCGCCACGGCUUCAACGUGGGGCAAACCAUGUUCACAUUACUCACGACAGGCAAACUGAAGCGGUAUUACACAGAUUUGGAGGUGAUGGCCAUGAUCACUGCUGGCUUCCUGCAUGAUAUCGACCACAGAGGCACAAAUAAUCUCUACCAAGUCAAGUCCCAAAAUCCUCUAGCCAAGCUGCAUGGGUCCUCCAUUCUAGAGAGGCAUCACUUGGAAUUUGGCAAAUUUCUGUUAGCAGACGAGUCCUUAAACAUCUUUCAAAACCUCAACAGAAGACAAAUUGAACAUGUCUUCCACCUCAUUGAUAUUGCCAUUAUUGCAACUGAUCUUGCCUUGUACUUCAAAAAGAGGACAAUGUUCCAGAAAAUCGUGGAUCUCUCUGAGACAUAUGAGGAUGAAAAGAAAUGGGUGGACUUCAUGUCUCUUGAAACAACCAGGAAAGAAAUACUAAUGGCCAUGAUGAUGACAGCAUGUGACCUCUCCGCUAUCACUAAGCCAUGGGAGGUACAGAGCAAGGUUGCCCUCUCUGUAGCAGCAGAAUUCUGGGAGCAGGGUGAUCUUGAGAGAACUGUCCUUGAGCAGCAGCCCAUUCCCAUGAUGGACAGGAACAAAGCUGCAGAAUUGCCCAAGCUUCAGUGUGGUUUUAUCGACUUCGUCUGUACUUUUGUAUACAAGGAAUUCUCUCGUUUCCACACAGCCAUCCAGCCAAUGUUUGAUGGCAUUCUGAACAACCGGAAGCAUUGGAAAGAGAGACAGGAGGAAUAUGAGGAAAAUUUGAAAGCAUUAGAAGAGGCAGCUAAAGCCAAGCAGGAGGCAACAGCCAAGAAAACUGGAAAUGCCAACAACGCCAGUGGAUCAGAGUCCAAGACCUGCUCAAUCUGCUAGAGAAAAGGGCAACAGCGAACAGCAAGGAGGACAAAGGACAAGUCAGCUUGGGACACUACCUAGCCUCAAAGAAUGCAGGGAAUGUGAAAAAGAAUUGGGGAGUUGGACAAACACUCAAUGCAUUUGCUAUAAGCAAGCCAUAGGAAAACCUGUUACCUUCUUUGUAACAAGGCUGCUCAGGCAAUUCAAGUUGCCUAGAGUUAGUAGUACUAUUGCAUGUGGUACCUUUUGGGCCAAGAUGUUGUGUUAAAAGCAUUUCCAUCAGGCAAUCAGCUUUAUUUCACUUGCAUUAACUGUAUUACAAAAACGUCCAAAAACGAGACGCAUAUUGCAACUAUUGCAAAGAUGGUUCUGAUUCAUCAUAGUUUUGCCCAUUAAAAUUAAGGGAUUCAUUAAUCAUAAUUGUAUUUUUAAGAAUAUAUUCUCCACCUAAAUGUUACAUUUCUGUCACUAUCUGCCCUGAAUCAGAACACUAAAGUUGUAAGUUACCACGCAAUUUUCUUUCAGACGUAUUUGCAUCAAGUGCUGUCGUGGGUGUGUUUUACUGAGAAAUGUCCCGUUGUUCAGUGUCUCCACUGUUGGGACAUGCGUUCACAGAGAAAACUUAGUCCAGUGGCCUUGAAACAAUUCUUCCAAUGACUUCUCAGCUGACCUACAACUGAACCAUGAGAAGUUAACUGUUUGUAAUUAAAUUCAGAAAGGUUUUCAGAUUUGGCCAUCAUUUUCCUUUUACUUCUAAUUGUUAUAGGUAGCAAGUGUUUCUCUUGUGUUUCACGCUAGCCUGCCAUUGGGAGCAACUUGGGGUUCAGUGUCUUGCCCAAGGACAUGUGGAUUCGUGUGGGCCGGGAAUCAAACUGCCAACCCUGUGAUUAGCGGCUGACCCGCUCUGCCAACUGAGCCACAGCCACCCCAUAAAAACAUCAGUAGAGUUCAGCAGUGAAUUUAAUCAUGUAAAUAUUAUAAAUUGUAUAGGGUAGUAAAUACUACAAAGUCGCGUUGUUAGAACACUUAAUUAAUUCUUCAUGCUCUACAUCAGUAUAAACCUUCUAUUUUGUAUUCCAUAAAAGGAUCAAUUUAAGUAGUGAAGGACAAGAAGUAGGAAAGUAAAUUGAUAUUUAAAUCAAUGUAUCAGAUCUGAAAGUGAGGGCUCAUUAAUAAGGCUUGUGUGGGACAAAUUUAAAUCACUUGCAGAGCAAGUUUCAUCAUGUUUCAAGAAUCAUGAUAUAUCAUCAUCAGAUGUAAUGCUUUGAAGCCAUCCACAACUCAGCAUCAAAUAUGGGUGGUUCCAAAUAAAUGGGUAAACAUUCACUUCUGUAUGCUCAAUACUGUGACAAUU